AUGAUGAUGUGCCGUGUGUUCUGUGUCUUUUUGGCGUUUACACUGCUGUGCUGCUGCUUGUGCGUGUUUGCCGCGGAGGAGGAGGAGGAGGAGGAGGAGGAGGUGCUGCCGGUGGAUGCGGUGUGUGCGGCUGACGGUGAAAAAGUUGGGCGCUGGCAACUCCGUGGGAAGUCACUGUGGUAUAACUGCACGGCUGAAGCUAGCGGUUUGGGAAGGAUGAUUUGCGGCAUGGGCGCUGGAAACUGUGCACCGGAGGAUGUUAAGAGACGUAUUGAAAGGAAUGCGGAGGAUGGCGUCUUCGAGAUCAAAUUCCAUACGCCCACUCCAGGCCGGGUGAAGAGUUGGUGGGAGAGUAACGUGGAGCCGAAGCCGGCCACCGUUGCAAGUGGUCCGGCCAAUCCUCUGGAAGAAAGACCUCCGGUGGCUCGAGAGGAGGAGGCUCCUCGUGACACCACCACAAUAAGUUCUGAAUCUUCUCCUGCCGGCGCUGCGGGCAAGACGGAUCCUUCUCCUCCUGAGACUUUGCAAGCGCAGAAUUCCGCUCCCUCUGGUGAUAUUCAAGGCGCUGCACAUUCUACUUCUGCUGCACCCGAAUCCCCACCAGAUCCGGAGCCCACAGAGAGCGGCGACCACUUCUCCCAUGACCCUCCAGCGGGACGACAAGAAGAGACUGCUGCUGCGCCACCGACUCAGUUGUCCCAGACCGGCGAGGACGGGGGUGCAGCGGAAGGCGCCGAAGGGGAAACCGCCACCAACACCACCGACGCUGCCACCAGCGAAGUAAAUUCUACGGCGGCAGGCAUGCCGGCUCCCCUUUCCUCUGCGACCCCAACGAAGGCGCUGGAGAACAGUGUGGGGAACGACGCCUGCUUUUAUGACACCCGUCUGCAUACCCGGCUGCUGCUUGUUCUGGCUGUUCUUGCGUACGGGACACUGGGCUGA